AUGCGGGAAGAGCCGGUUGCCACCGUGGGGCCAGAAGAAUCCUGGCUGAAGACGGCCAAGUUCGUCGAGGUGCUCGCCAGCGACACCAGCCAUAAGUCGCUCUUCAUCCUGCUGCGCCAAGAAAGCACCGGUGAUGAGGGGAUCAUGCUGCUGAACAAGUCGCCCUUCGAGGAGGAUCCCGCCUGGAUCGACAGGUUCCAAAAAACGGCCGCCCUGACGCAGCUCUCGAAGAACGACAUCUUUGGCAACUACGACGUCUCCAUCCCGUCCGAAUUGAACGUGAUCAAGUCGCAGCUGAUCUACCCGGUCAACGACAAGCUGAAAGCGAAAUACCGCGCCGACGAGAAGUUUGUGAUCACGGAAACGCCCGACGACUACAGAUCGAUCACCGUCGAGUACAUCAACAAAUUUCAGCUGAAUCUCGGUUGGGUGUACAACUUGUUGCGAAAAGAGGCGGAGGCCGAACGGAUCAUCUACGAAGACCCGGACCCCCACAACGGCUUCAUCUUGGCCCCCGAUAUCAAGUGGGAUGGUGUGACAAUCGAGAGUCUCUACGUCCUCUCCAUCAUCCACCGCAAGGGCGUCAAAAGCGUGCGCGACCUCACCGCCAACGAUCUGCCAAUGUUGGAGAAUAUGCGCGACAAGUGUCUGAAGACCAUCAACGAAAAAUACGGACUUCGAGCGGACCAAGUGCGAGCGUACUUCCACUACCAGCCCUCGUUCUACCAUCUCCACGUCCAUUUUGUCAACUUGAAAUACGACGCGCCGGCGUGCCAGGUCCUGAGCGCCAUCUCGCUCGACGACGUCAUCAACAACAUCCGGCUGCUCCCCGAUUACUAUCAGCGGGCGACCCUCUCCUUCACGCGGAAACGUGGGGACAACUUGCUGCAGAUGUACGUCGAAGCCGGGAGGAACGCCGCCGUCCAA